AUGCAGAACUCAUUUUUGGAAAACCUGAUUGAAACCGGGGAAGCAGAAGACGACGAUGACUUGUUUCCUACGUAUGACCAGGUGGAGGAGGACGUCAAUGAUCAAUCCAAUGCCACUUCCCUCCUCAACAUUAUUUUAAGUGGCGUAGUACGCCUCAACGCUCUUUUACCUACUGCCACAAUCCUGGCAUUCACUCUGUUACAUCCACUCAUAACAAAUGAUGGACAAUGCACAAGUUUGACGCGCUGGAUAAUGGGAUGUUUCUUAGCCCUUACCACUGCUUCUUGUAUGCUCUUUCCCAUCACAGACAGUUUCAGAACAGCCACGGGAAGGCUGUACCAUGGUGUGGCCACAAUGAAUGGGAUAUGGACUAUUUGUGGAGGACACGUAAAGCCUUGUGUAACAUCUGAUUUUAGGCUGAGAUGGUCUGAUCUUUUUUACUUGUUGCUUUCCUUGAUUGCUUUUCUAACUUUUGCAGCAGCACAUUCUGAUGUUUUGAGUUGUUAUAACGUGGAUUUGCCACAGAAGAUGACAAUUUAUGUUCCUCUGGUGGUUGGAUUUCUGAUCUGUGCAGUGUAUGUUAUUUUUCCGUCUAGGAGAAAGGGAAUAGGGUAUCCUUUCAUGCUCCAGAAUGAUUUAUCUACUGCAACAACUGAGGUUUGA